AUGUUUCGUUUUCUUCGCUCGCGUUGUGCCAUCGCUCGUUAUAUUAUCAUUUGGCUAUUCAUCAUCACAAUGUUCAAAAUCACCACAGUAUUCUAUUAUGAUCUUCAGCAACAGUCAGUCGAUAGUAGUUCAUUAGCUUUACCCUUCGAUGACACCAAUUUAAACCGAGAGAGAUCGAUAAAUGCAACAAAGCCUCCAAGUUCAGAUACGUCACUGGCAUUGAAUCGAACCGCAAUUGAGUACUAUCGGAAGUAUGUCGAGAGGAAAAAUCGAGCGCAGUUUAUGUACAAUGCGCAUUUAUUUUCCCGAACAACUCGGUAUGUUCUACUGGUACAAGUCCAUACACGUGUGGUUUAUCUCAAGAAAUUUAUUGAAAUGUUACGUUCGGUUGAGACAAUUAAUCAAACAUUGCUAGUAUUUAGCCAUGAUUUCAUCGAUCCGGCGAUCAAUAUUCUCAUUACCAAUAUAACAUUUGUUCCGGUGAUUCAAAUAUUUUAUCCAUAUUCUCAACAGCUUUAUCCAGAUGAGUUCCCCGGCUUAGAUCCAAACGAUUGCCCACGAGAUAUGGCUAAACAUAAAGCUUUGGCAAAUCGAUGUAAAAAUGCUCCGUAUCCCGAUAAAUAUGGUCAUUAUCGAGAAGUGUCUAUUGUACAGAUAAAACAUCACUGGUGGUGGAAACUCAAUUUUGUUUUCAACUCAAUUGAAAUACUGCAAAAUCGCUCAGACUUACUGCUGCUUCUACUUGAAGAAGACUUUUAUCUCUCGCCCGACGCUCUGAUCUUUUUAAAGAAAAUGGAAGAAGACAAGCCACGGCUUUGUCCAGAAUGUUUGUUCUACACAUUGGGCAAUUUAGAAAAAUCAGGUAGACAAUUCGAUAAACUCAGUUCAAAAGUCUCAAUUGCAUAUUGGCAUGCAAGAUAUAAUCUUGGCAUGACCAUUUCUUACUCCCUGUGGGUUUUACUUGUUAAAUACGCGGAAGAAUUUUGCAAUGUCGACGAUUAUAAUUGGGAUUGGUCACUUGUUCAUCUAGCACAACAACGACUGAAUUAUCCACGUGUGAUGUGGUCAAGUGCCACUCGACUGAUCCAUCUUGGAUCAUGUGGUACUCAUCAUAAAAAAACAUGUUCGAGCGAAUCGGACAUUGCUCGCUGGAAAGAAACCGAUAAAUUCUAUGAUGUCAAUAAGCAAUAUUUAUUCUCAACGAAAUCUCUUUCCAUACAUCUAAGAUACGAAGCCAAACGUCCAGUUAAACAAACGAAUGGUGGAUGGUCCGACUUACGCGAUCGACAACUAUGCUUGUCAUUCGCAUUGAAAAAUACUAAAGAUCUUUCUCGUAUAAUAAUGAGAACUUGA